GUUCGAUUCCCUCCUUUCCCGUUGAGGAGAACAGUGAGUUUUUUGCACAGGAUUUUCCCAAGGAAAAGAAAAAUCUCAUUUCACAUCCUCUCUCUCUCUCUCUCUCUCUAUAAACCCAGAUCGAACCUGCCCUCUUCUCUCUCUCUCUCUCUCUCUCUCUCCUUCCACUGGCUGCACAACUCCAAGAGCUUACUCUCUCUCUCUUCCUCGAGUUCGAAUAUCGGUGGUGAAUCCUUGGUGGGAAGUUGCACCAUACCCCAGCCAUCCCCCCCUCCUUUCUCGAGCAGCCUGAUGAAAGAGCGCGCGAAGAUGGAGAACACCGACGGGUCCGCAUCAUUACUGUUCGCCGAUCACGGGCACGGGGGCCUGUCGGAUUUCGUCUUCUCCGAGUUCGACAGGAGCAUGAUGGCCGGGUCCUCAGGCUUCAUGGAGCUCCUGGGGUUCCAUCAAGACUCCUCCGGCCCCUCGCUGUUCGACGUGCCGCUCCAGCCUCCGACCAGCAAUGCGAUGGAGUCGUCGUCGGAGGUCGUGAACCCGCCGGCGACGCCCAACUCCUCCUCCAUAUCCUCCGCGUCCAACAACGACGGGCUGAACAACAACAACGAGGAGGAGGAGCAGCAGGUCAAGGCGAAGGUUGAGGAUGAAGGAGUAGAGACGCAGGAGCAAGAAGAGCAUCAGAAGACUAAGAAGCAGUUGAAAGCGAAGAAGACGAACGAGAAGAGACAGAGGCAGCCCAGGGUGGCGUUCAUGACAAAAAGCGAGGUUGAUCAUCUGGAAGAUGGAUACCGGUGGCGAAAGUACGGCCAAAAAGCUGUCAAGAACAGCCCCUUUCCUAGGAGUUACUAUCGUUGCACUAGUGCCUCAUGCAAUGUGAAGAAGCGAGUUGAGCGGUCGGUGACCGACCCGAGCAUCGUGAUGACAACCUACGAAGGCCAGCACAACCACAUGAGCCCAGUCAUGCCCCGGUCGAUCCUCGCUGGAGUCACCCAUCCCCCUGCCGGGGCCGCCGCCACCGCCUUCUCCGUGCCUGCCAUGCCGGGAGCGAGUUUAACCCAACACCAUGCCCUUCACUAUCAACUACAAUCCUACGCCAACAACUGGUCAAUGAGCAACAACAGUGCGGUGGUUCCAAGUUCGGGGUCAACAAAUGCAGCUGUACUUUUGAAUAAGAGGCGUUUUUGCAGUCCCGGCCCUUCUAAUUUUCUUGCCGACAACGGGCUUCUUCAAGACAUGGUCCCUUCUCAUGUACUCAAGGAGGAAGAGUAGUAAUAGCUGAUACGAGAUAUUGACAAGUGCAUACUAUUCUUUUUCUUUCUUCACUGAUGAAUGACUGAAAAUGAGAGAGAGGGGAAGCGCCGGUGAUGGACUUUCCAUCUGAUCACUUGCAGUGUUCAUGACAUGUAUUGUUACGUUGCUCAUGCAGAGGUAUUUAGGCACUAAUCCUGUAUUGUGAAGUUCAUGAUCUUUUGUUCUUAUA